GCGGGCGGCGCGGGCGGGGCCGCUCCCCGGUCCCUCACAGCCCGGCCAUGGCGUACGGCGGCCUCGCCGUGCCCAUCAUCGUCAUGAGCGUGUUCUGGGGGGUGGUCGGCGGCGUCCUGCCCUGGCUCGUCCCCAAGGGCCCGAACCGCGGUGUUAUCAACACAAUGCUGGUGACAUGUGCUGUUUGCUGCUACCUGUUUUGGCUGAUUGCAAUUCUGGCUCAACUCAACCCCCUCUUUGGGCCGCAGUUAAGCAAUGAAACAAUCUGGUAUCUUAAAUAUCACUGGCCUUAAGGAUGUCUGUCCUCUGCUGCAAUUUAUUGACUAGGUAAAGAAGAGAUUUCCUCCAGAUGAAAAACUCCACUGACCCAAAGAUGCCCUUUACGUAACUGGUUGGAUACCAAGCCUGCAGUAAUGCCUUAACCUUUCUAUUGUGCUUUAAGGGGCUUGUUCAAAGCCCUGUAUUUUUCCUGCCUUACCAUUUAACAGUGUGCCUAAUGCAAUUUAUACUCCUCUUUGGUACUGGCGAUUUUUGACUGUUAACUCCAGACGUGGUGAAAAUUUCUAAAGUUUUUACGGGUCAUAAAGUCAUUUCCUAUUCAUUUUCCUCACUCUUUAGGAACACUUCAUGUAUCUUGCAGGUCUUAGAUUGUCUGUCAUUGUGCUGUUCACCCCUGUUCUGUUUGCACUUGACAAAAAUGUGUGCAAUAAACUGUAUGAGGAGAGGAAAAACAGUGGUGCCACAAGCUGAUGGCUUUUUUUUUUUUUUUAAAUGAGUUGUAUUCCUGAGAAAUUUGCUCUUAAAUUUCUCACGCCUGGAAAUAAAAGUAAUCCUCUGCUUUAUACAAAA